AAUUAGCGGCAUUCAUCCUAGGUUCGUAAUGCCAUUUCGCGCGUAAAAGCAACAAAUAGAGAUGGAUCAAACAUCAUUUGAGAACGAUAACACAAGUAAUUGCAUUAUCGGAUCUGAGGUACCGGAUGCCACGAAGUCAGAACCAUGCUGGCUUGGUAUAGACGAAGCUGGACGUGGACCCGUGUUAGGUCCAAUGGUAUAUGGUACUUGUUAUAGUCCAAUUUGUAAGAAACAAGAUCUUGAGGAUCUAAAAUUCGCAGACUCAAAGACACUCACUGAAGAACAGCGUGAAAGUAUUUUCGAGAAAUUGAAUGGAGCAAAAGAAUUGAUUGGCUGGAUGGUGGAAAUACUCUCCCCAACAUAUAUAUCAAAUAGCAUGCUCAGAAGAUCUAAGUAUAACUUAAAUGCUUUGUCACAUGAUUGUGCGAUUGGUUUAAUACAGAGAGUUCUUGAUCAAGGUGUGAAUGUUGCAGAGAUAUAUGUGGAUACAGUUGGGGAUCCAGUAAAAUAUCAGGACAAAUUGAAAGCAUUAUUUCCAAGUAUAGAUAUAACAGUUGCUAAGAAAGCUGAUGCAGAUUAUCAAAUUGUUGGAGCUGCUAGUAUAUGUGCUAAGGUGGCUCGAGACAAAGCUGUAAAGAGUUGGAGUUUUGGAGAAAAUAUAGAAACAGAUGGAAACUAUGGUUCUGGUUACCCUAGUGAUCCAAGCACAAAGAAGUUUAUGUCCGCCAGUCUUGAUCACAUUUUUGGAUUUCCACAGUUUGUGAGGUUCAGUUGGUCUACUGCAGAUAAAAUCAUACAAAAAAAUGGAGCCACAUUUAAAUGGGAAGAUGAUGAAGAAGAAGAGAAUCAAAAUGUACAGUCACUAAUUAAGUUCAUGGGUAAAAAAGACGAGGCUACAAACAGACAUAGAUUCUAUAAAGAAAGAUGCCUUAGUAAUGUUACAAAUCUUUAGCACAUUGUUAUUGUUAAAAUUUAUUUAAUCUAAUAAACUAUCGCAUGAA